AUCCACGUUUAUAUGAUCAGCGCAUUGUACGACAAAGAUUCAAAAAUCGACAACUCACACACGCCGAUCACUCUCCGCCGUUGAUGGUCCACGAUGCCGGCCCUGCUGGAGGACCCAGAGUCGGCCGUCGUUUAUCGGCAAUCUGGGCAGGGUCCGUAUCCGACCCCAGAAAAUCCGCAAAUCCCCUCCUCCAUUUUCCCUAGGACCGUCACGCUCAGGGAUCGUGUUACAAUUGCGACUCUUGUGCCUUUCUUCUCGCCUGAGGCAGUUCCGAAACGAUUAUUAGCUUAUCUUUCCGAAAAUCUCAACAAGGAGAUCGAGGGUGGAGAUACGUACCCGAUGAUCGACCCUCUGCCACUCGAGACUUUUGGGCCUUAUUGGUUUGGUAAUUUCGGUGCGGUCAUGAUCUUGGGUGAUAUUGGAGGUAUUGAAGGGGUCCAGGACCUGGAUCGAAACGGUGCUGACUGGGACAAACUUUGUCUGGGGAGUUUCUACGUCAAACCCAACUACCCCGGUCGUAGUAGUCACGUAUGCAAUGGUGGUUUCCUGGUCACCCCAGCGGCACGAAACAAAGGUGUCGGGAGGUCUAUGGGCCGGUGCUAUCUCGACUGGGCACCCCAAUUAGGCUACACGUACUCUGUCUUCAACCUGGUCUACGAGUCCAAUACUGCUUCCACAAGGAUAUGGGACUCGCUUGGAUUCAAACGCAUUGGUAAGGUUCCUGGCUGUGGAAAUUUGAAAUCGUCCAGCGAACCUGUAGAUGCCAUCAUUUACGGAAGAGAUCUGAAAACGGACCUCGAUGGUGAUCAAUCCGAGGAGAGAUUCGAUAAAAUUCGAUACUACUUGAGACAUCAAUUAUAUCCACAGGGCGCGGGCAGGUCAGAAAAAAGCCGACUUAGGAGUGCCGCAACGCACUAUAAACUAGUGGGUGGUCAGGAUGGUAUCCCGGAAAAGCUCUUCUUGAAGGACAAGGAAGUCAUUUCCGACCCUCAAGCACAAUACGAUAUCGCCACACAGAUACAUCUACAGUCGCACGGAGGCAUCAACAAAACCACUGCCAUCAUAGCUACCCAAUAUCACUGGAUUCGCAUCAAAGAAACCGUGAGUCAUGUGAUCAAGAACUGUCCGGACUGUAAGGACGUGAACAAACCUCCAGUCAGUCGACUCGAAAACAGACCUCGAAGCAAGACAGUUGAUGAAGCACCUGCGACACUACCGGCACCGGCACCGGCAACGUCCCCGCCGUCGCCACCACCGCCGCCCCCUCCCCCUCCUCCUUCUACUCAACCUUCACUGCCUCCACAACCUCCACUGCCUCAACAACCUCCUGUCGAGAUUCAAAGCACGUCUCAAGAAGAUAUAACCCCCAAUCGUUUAUCAGAUCACGACUUCGCUUCAAUACAGCAGCAAAUGGAUCUUGCUAAUGACCAUCUGACUGAUCCCAAUGGGCACGUGCAAAGUAAUGGCAACCUCGAUGCACAUCUUCACCCUGAGCCGCAUCUGCAUCCGGAGCUGCACCCUGACGCCCAUCUUCAUGAUGCGCAUCUCAAUGCUUAUGAUGAGAUGGCCAUCGACCCGCAGAUCAUGGAGCAGAUCCAAGCCAUGACCGAGUACGACCAGAAUACACAUGCUUAUGUUCAAGCCGGAUUGGGUCAAUUUGAGGCUCCACACCUACAGUCGCAUGAUCCGCACGAUUUUAAUCAUCAGCCCCAAGACCAUGGCUUCAUGAACGACGCCAACGGCGCCAUCAUGACACAUGAUCAUGUCAUGGACGACAGCGGCACAGGGACAGGGCUUAGCAACAUGCAACCUAUUCAACAUGUGUUACCCAUGGACUACCUCGAAACUCCGAACAAUCAACAGUUUAAACUUGAGCCAUGAAAGUGAUGCUGUCGGGCGUUUUGGGAAAAGCUGGAUUUAUGGAGCACGCAGGUGAACGAGCUCACGACGAUGAUUUAUACCGCGUCACGCAGAAUGACCUUUCUCUUCGAUAUGAACAUACUUUGAUCAACAGCGCUUUUAGAAUACCCGAUGCUUGAAGUACCGGAGUUGCGCCAAACUUGGGAAAUUAUAGAGUGUAGAUAAAGAUAAAAGAAACUUGCUUGGGGAGCAAUUCCCGCCAAUAUG